AUGCGUGGUGACGGCAACGCUGGAACUACGCUGCCCUCAUCAGAUUUGUCUCGCCAGUCAGACUAUCUCUCGCCGCCUGCGUCUUGCAAUGGGUCAUGUGAUACCGCUGGAGUGCCGGCUCUUCCACGUAUGAAUAGUGAUCCCUCAGACGUCCCCAGCGGCAGGCCCGCUAUUCUUGAUGACGACGAUGUGUCGGCUCUAAGUACGGAAGUUCGUCGUGGCUCGUCUACUUCUGGUUUUGUGACUACAGCCGUCGAUAUGGCCUCACAAGAGGAUCAGCGGUUGCACAAUGUCGGAGUCGCAGCUUUGGCAGCCGUCGCGCAAUAUCCCCACGGUGUCAACGAUGAGAGCGGUUCCUUCAUCGUGAAUCAGGUCGUGAAUGCUGUUACUGGCGGUGUCUCGUCAUUCCAUCGAGCCGGUGCAGGGCUCAUGGAAGCCGAAGGAAAUAUGUCGGAUACUUCGGCCGAAAGACUUUACUUGACGCACUCUAUCGCGGACAGCUUCCGAUCGGCAUCGGAGGACCCAUCACCGGGUUCGCAGACAACUGAUAGUGAUAUGGACAUGGAAAGCACCGUACAGGACUUGAUCGAGCGAACCGCGACAUGGCAGAAUAUCGCGACAAUUGCGGGUCAGAACGACCAGCUUCGGAAGGAAAUGGUCUUGGACUAUGACUCCGUCUGUGAGGAAGAACACCCAUCGCCGUCGACCGUUCCAGAUGAUGACCUGGAUGACUUGCUCCAAUUCUAUCCCGACGAGGAAGAAUACUACCACCAGUAUAUCGCUGGGCACUCGCCGCGCGAGACUGCAAUGCACGAUGUGAAUCUGGAUGAUUUUUACCAAACUAUCAGUUACGAACCGACAAAUCCCAAUCCGCCACAGGUCCCUGCACUGGCGCCUGAAUUUCCUCCGGCAGGUCCACUCCCUGUGGACAACAUACCAGAAGAGGAUGUUGAAUGGCAUCCUGCCUCCAUCAUCCACACAACCACAUAUGAACGAAAUUUGACCAUCGACGAGUUUAUCCAACGCUGGAUGGUCGAAUCUAACAUUAUCCCACAUGGCUUCCAUUCGGAGAACCGAGUCCCGCCACAGCUCCGUCCUCUGUCCAAGAUGAUGGGCUGGAAACAACCACUAGAGAUCCACCGUCCAUGCGGGUUCAACGGUCGUUUCUACGAUCUACAGCAGAUGCCUUGGGCAGAAACACUCAAGGUGAAACGGUCUGAUGCUCGAGCACUCCGCGAUGCAUGGUACACUUCCUACCAUAACCUCGAUUACUCGCAUAACAUGCUCGCCGAAAGGCUCCCGCAGGACGAGAACUUCUUCCAGGCAAAAUCAAUGCACACGGAACAUAAGGCGACUGUCGAGCACUUUCAACUACGCAAUUUGAUCUCGGUCCCCGGAUACAACACCGUCCAUUUUGCCAGCCGGUCGAAAGUCUACUCGUGGACACCCGAUUUUGACGAUAUCCGCUGUCUUAUUGAUCUCACUCGUCCUGCCCCAGAAUCAGGUUUCCUCAGCCCCGUCAAGAUCUCCAGUAUGAAAUCAGCAUACGGUCUCACAAUCGCAGGCGGGUUCUGCGGCGAAUAUGCACUCCGCGGAACCAGCGGCGAAGGCUCCGGCGCAAAGGGGCUAGUCACCCCCGAUUUCAACGACGGCAUCACCAACCACGUCGACAUCAUCCGCAACCGAUCCGGCGAUUCCCCCAUCUGCGUCUUCGCCUCGAAUGACCGCCACCUCCGCGUCCUAGACUGCGAAACAAACAUCUUCCUCUCCGACCAAGAGCUCUCCCGCCCAAUAAACUGCACCGCCACCUCCCCCGACAGCCGUCUCCGCGUCGUCAUCGGCGACUCCCCAGACGCAUGGGUCAUCGAAGCCGACACCGGCCGCCCCGUGCACCCGCUCCGUGGCCACCGCGAUUUCGGCUUCGCCUGCGCCUGGUCCCCCGACAUGCGCCACAUCGCAACAAGCAACCAAGACAAAACAGUCAUCAUCUGGGACGCUAGAACAUGGCGUGCUCUCGAAACAAUCGACUCCGACGUCGCAGGCUACCGCUCCCUUCGUUUCUCCUCCGUCGGCGGCGGUCCCCGCACUCUUCUCUGCGCCGAACCCGCAGAUCGCAUCUCCAUUAUCGACGCGCAGAUGUACCAAUCUCGCCAAGUUCAUGAUUUCUUUGGCGAGAUUGGUGGUGCAGACUAUGCGCCUGAUGGUGGGGCGAUUUGGGUUGCGAAUACGGAUCCGCAUUUCGGCGGGUUUAUGCAGUUUGAACGGCGGAAUUGGGGGCAGGCGUUUGGGUUGGCGGAUUUGCCGAAUGAGUGGUUGAGUGAGGGCGAGUUGGAUGCGGAUGAGAGGUGUUGUGUUGGUGGGAGGCAGAGGGAGUUGAGGUUUUUGAGGAAUUUGGGUGAUGAGGAGUAUGAGAUGUUUAUGUUGUAG